GCGACGCCUGACAGGGCACACCUAGUUCAUCUAGCAUCUUCUGCAGCUGUCACACUAUAAAACUCUCGCUCGGACUCCGCUUGCAGUCAUUCUCACGGGCGGUCCGGUGGUACAACAGUUAGCAAGAGCUGGUUGUCCCAGGUUCAGCUCUCGUCUUGGGCAGGUGUUAUUUCUCUACGUGGCAUCUGUUUACAGGGCUUUGCCGUGAUAUAGCCUUCGUAAAACACCAAUUUCUCUUCUCUCCCACCUUCUUCAUUAUUCUCACCCAGUUCCCGAUGGCGCAAUGUCGUGUGGUCCAGAUGGCGGUAGUCUUCAUGGUGAUGACCCUGGCGGGAGGUCAAGUGCCGAUCCCCCCGCGCCAUGCGGGGUUCGUGUAUCGAUGUGGACAUAACAACGCCCCGAUUCACUUCGAUCUCUACAUCGACCUCACAUGUAGUGACAGCUUGGUGGCCUUUCCCACUGUUCGCAAGGUGGCGGACCACUACGGACCGGACAAGCUGAGGUUGACCACCUUCCUCUUCGCCCUGCCCUACCACAGAAACGCCUACGCUACAACAAAGGGUGCUCACGCUGUAGACAUUAUCACUAGGGGCAACUUGACCUACACUUGGUUUGCUACAGUCUUCAACAACAUUGCCAGCUUAACGGACUCAGCAACACGAAAUCUGACAGACAUCGAUGUUCUUAACCGACUUGUAAGUCUGGCCUCUGCAAUAGGGGUACCUGAUGUUCAGUUCCGGCAGCAGAUUGUCAGCAAUCUAGUCUCUUCCUUGGCUCGCAACGGGUGGAAGUAUGCGUGUACCCGUUCGGUGGCGGAAACGCCGUCUUUCUUUAUCAACGGUGUGGCGGUUAGAGAUGCUCAGUCAACGUGGACUGAACAGCAGUGGCAUCAGCUGAUCGACUCCUUGCUGACCGACACCGCAUAUCAGAUAUACUCAGGCGAUUGUGAAGGGUUGAACCCAAUUGUGAACCCAACCCGAUAUGAACCUCACAGGGCUGACCACCUGUCUGCAGCACACACUGUGCAAAGCAGCUUCGCUACCAGUGUCCUCAGCUUUGUUUUCAUCGCCCACAUUAUCAUCAUCGUAUCGUAAAAAAAAAAAAACACAGAAAUUUUACAAUCUCUUUACGUUUACUCAGACCCUGUCUUCACCUUCUUGGAGAAAGUGUGUGUGGCUGGAGCGAGAGAGAAUUUGGGGGGGGGGGAAAGAGUUUUUCAAGGGAGACAAUUGCAGAAGUCUAAUGUCAACGGCAUAAAUUGAGUUGUUUCCCUUGCAUUAUUUCUAUCGCCCUGUUCGUGUAUCCGCAACAUAAGCAUUACAUUCCAACAAUCAUUAUUCAUAAUCUUUAUAUAUAUGUGCAAAUGGUUUAACGGGGUCAAACACAUUCCACCAUCCCGAAAUGAACCCUGCUAUGUCUAUUGCUCGCAUUCCAAUGUUUACUCUUUGUUGAACAUUCGAUCCUCCCUUGCAAACGUUAAACGGAUUGUUAGUUCAGUAAUUGCAGCCAUUUACAGCAGUCAAUUCAUCAAUAUAUAUUUGUUAUUGUUCAUCCAUUGUAGAUAUUUUGUACACUUUUACACUUCAUGCCUUAUUCAAGGCAAUAAUAGUACAUUCAUUACUAAACAGUUUCUUCAACUUUAUUAAUAAUCGCAUGCCCUGUCACACGACAAUAAAGUUUUGUUUUAAUA